UGCAUAAUGAGCAGGCUAUUCGAAUGGAGUUGGACCUGGAUACUUUAAAAUAUUCCAUCGGAAUAUGCCUGGCAAGAAAGCCCUGCUAAUCGUUUUGCUGCUGUGGGUUGCACUGCCAAGAUUGGAAAGCUACCAUUACCGAUCCGCCGAGCCGGUUGCCAAGCACUGUCUCUCAAGCUUGUACUCAGAUCCUGGACCAGGAGCUGGAGGCGGAAGCGGUGGUGGCGGUGGCGGUAACGGAUGUGGGGACAACAAGGACGCUGAAAAAAUGGCAGGCAAAGUAAAUUGCCAAGGUGCACUCAGCAGGGGCGACCCAAAGUCGAAGGCUUCAAACAUUGCCCAGAAAGCGGCGCAGGAGGCGAAAGCGGCCAGCGAUGCCCAAAUGGCUGCAGCCGAGGCAGCAGCAUCACAGGUCAAAUCUGAGCUGGCCGCCAAGGCUGCUCAAUCGGCGAGAGCAGCGGAGGCAGCAUUGGCAGGAAAGCAACAGAUUGUGGAGCAGCUUGGUCAGGAGAUGACCGAGGCAGAGGCUGUGGUCACCGAAGUCACAUCCUCGCUGCAAAACACCCAGACGAAUGCCAACGCUGCCUCCGCCGCCGCACAGGAGGCCAUGACCCAGCUAAAUCAGCUGAAAAGCCUUGUGGUGGCUGCCAGCUCCAACCUGGCUAAUAUCGAGAAUGUGGCUAGCGGAGCUCAGCAGGAAUUGGCCGAGAAGACGCAACUGUUGGAGGCCGCAAAGCAUCGAGUAGAGAACCUCCAGAAGCAAAUGGCCGAAGCCCAACAGGACUUUGAAAAAACCAAGCAGGCGGCUUACAAGGCAGCCUGUGCGGCCGUGGAGGCCAAGCAAAAGGCUCAAAGAUCGAGGAGGAUGUCCGGCCGCCAGCGGUGGUCCCCCCGGAGCAUCUGAAGCCAGUACUCUGGCGGAGUACAGUCUAAAAUGUACAUGUAGCAGUAGUCAUGUCUCUUGUUUCUAUAUUUUGUUAUAUUUAUUUUUAAUCUAAUUGAUACACUUUUAAUUAAAGGAUUUUUACGUGAAAAAAA